CCCCAUAUUUCUUCCAUUUCAGCACAGCCCCUACCUCCACAUCCACAAGGUUCUUCAAAUUUCUGUUAUUUCUUCGAUUUUGUUUUUGAAUCUUUUUGUUAUGAGACUCUACUGAUUCGUUUUUUAAGAAAAGGGGGUAAUCGCAAUGGUGGACAUCGAGGAGGAAAAGGGAGGAGAUAAGUUAAACGGUGUUUCUAGUUCGAGUAGUUUUUCGGGCAAAUUGGUACACAAGUACAGAGAAAUCAAAGAGAAUGCAGAAAAAUAUCCUUAUGUAUGGGGAUCAUACAUUAUUGUCUAUGGGGGAAUGUUUCUUUGGGCUGGGUAUAGAUGGAGAAAGCUUCGGAAGACGGAGGACAGAGUACGUAUUUUACAAGAGAAGCUUCGACAACAUUAUGAAGCAGAAAAAUCAUCCAUCAAACAAUCAGCAAAUUCAGUUGAUAAAAAUUCAACUCCUUCCAAGCAGUAGCCAGAUUUUGAAUACGUUCUUCUUCUUCUAAAGAUAUUGGUAGUCACAAAGGGGGUCGACCUGACUAUGCCUCAGGUUUGUGCAAAGUCGUUCUAGGUCUAUGCAAAGUCGGUGUUGGAAGGUUAAAGGAAGUUGGUGACCUGAUGACUAAAGAUCCGACGAUUGAAGCCUAUUCGAAUUUGCAUAUCUCCUCGUCCUUGUAUUUAUGUUAGCUUUUGGUUUUAGUUUGAGUUUGAAAAUUUAGAUAAAUGAUCCAAACAAUCUACAGCGAAUCAAAAGAAAAAAAGAUACAUUCACUAAUGUUUGUGUAAAA